UGUCCGGUCACAGUUGACAGCAAUGGAGGGUAGACCGAGCAGAGGCAGAGGAGGAAGUUGGAAAAGAGGUGGCCGGGGUGGAACCGACGGCGACAGCUUUGGCGGUGAACACCGGGGCAGAGGGAGAGGAGGCCACCACCGCGGCCGGGGGAAAAGAGACUACCACCGCGGUCGUGGACGCGGGGGAAGCGCCCAUACAGCGGACUUCCAUCAACGGCGUCAAGAUGAGGCCGACAUCUUUCAGGAGGAAGAUGACAGGAUGCAGGUGUUCUCCAGGAGGAAGCUGGAGUCAAACUGGGACCGUUAUGAGGAGUCUGAGAGGCAGGAGCCUGAUGAUGAGACACCCACUCAGAGGGGAGCAGACUACCACAUCCUGCUGGAGUCGGCAGGAGAUUCGUUCACUCAAUUCCGGUUUUCAGAAGAGAAGGACUGGGAGAUGAACUCAUUCGCAGCCAAUCAGAUGUCUGCAGUGUUUGUGGACCUCCCAGCGCUCGCCCAGAGCCUCCAACAGGUGCCUCUCCAUCAGAGGCUCAACCUGGAGGCCGAGCUGGUUCAGGUCUCGACACCAGUAGAGCUGCCCACCGUGGCCCUCGCACCCAAACAGGAGAAGCCCAAACCAGCCGCAUUCACGCCUCCGCCUGCAACUUCGAAAGCCCUCAGCGCCAACCAGAAAGUCCCCGUGGAUACAAACCCAGUGUUGGUCUCAGACUCGCAGGUUCCCUCGACCGCUGCAGAGUCUCCGCCGGUGGAUGAUGAUGACGAAGAGCUGGACCAGCUGCUCAGUUUACAAAAACCAGUCUUGGUUGUUUCAGGAAACCAGUCAGUCGCAGAUGAGGAGUGUGUGCUUCCAGAGAAAGCGUGUGAGGAGGUGAAGGAGGUGGCAGAAGAGAAGAUGGAGGUGAAAGACAAGGACGUCACACCUCCACAGUCUGCUUCUGUCAGGAAGGAAGUGACAGAGGAGGACCUGGAGGACUGGCUCGACAGCAUGAUCUCCUGACCGUCAACCACAAGGACAGACUCGACCGAGCACAGAAGAGGUACACAACAGAAUUCUCCUCUUCAACUUCCGUCCUUUAAAAAUCAGAAAUUUCAGAGCUUUAAAUAUUAAACCUGAAAGCUGAGUAUAAAGUUACGCGCUGGACAGACGCUCGUAAAGGACUUGAUAGUCGGAUUUUUGCUUGGUGAGAAGUGGCUGUUAGGUUGUUUAUCUGCUUUCUGGGGCUGAAUCAGAGACGGGACAGUGCGUCUCGAACGUUUCUGUGAAUAUGUCAUGAUGUUCCCUCUGUACCUGAUGUUUCUGAGAAAUCACUCUCUGCUCCUGGUGAGGCCGCGAAAGCCGCAGGAGCAUCGCCGUCGCUGAGACCCGAGCUGCCGCAGGGACGGACAACACGUUUGGUUUAUUGCGUCAAUUACUUUAUUCAUUUCCUCCCCCUCGUCAAAAGAAAUGCGGUUUACCAAAGCUACUACAUACAUACAUAUGGCCAUACAGUAGCAGUUUGUCGUCAAUAAAUCCUUGAACCAAGUUAUGUUUUUUUUUCAUGUCGUCAUGGGCUCUUCUACUGUGGAAAGAAGUGCAGGCGGGCAGGACACCACAGCUUGAGAAACGAAACCAAACUAAGCAACAUUUACACAAGGAUCAUCUAGAUUUUAUACAACAAAUGUUUUCUCUCUCUUUUUUUCUUUUUUUAAAAGCCACAAAACUAGCUUGAGCUAAAUCUGCUUGUAACUAAUCCAGAACUAGAACGCACUGCUUGUGUCAGGAGGAACAAAAAGGACUCUUCUUCUUCUUUUUUUUGCAUAGUUUCUCAUAAGGCACGUCGGCACUUGAUAAACACCUAAAGUGAGUCGUCUCUGGUCCUGGAAGAACCAUUUUCUGUAACUCUUCAUUUCAUUUGACAGGUUUGAAAGGCAGAUCAGGUCUCACUCAUGCCAUCCGAUGUUGAACUGGAUCAAUACUGGCAGCACACAUCCGUUCAGUUGGUUUGGUAGUAAGUGACACUAACAUCCUGGCGUUAAUCUAGAAAUUGUGCAUAUUCAGACAUUCAGUUGUCAAGCUGUAACCCUCCACGUGUAUCAAAUGUCUACACACAACAAAUUGUGCAACAGGUUGGGGUUAAGCAGGUGAAAAGGCAAUGUGAGUCAAAAGAGGAAUUUGCAUAAAAGAGGUGUCGUGGCAAGUGAAGAGGACUCGGGUGCACGAAACGUCCAAUCGUCAGUCGUUCGUCUUAAAAUCGUUUUCUUGAAAUUAUGUUUCAUGAGUCUGAAUUCGAAAUGAGCGUUUUUUUCGACAGCGUGGCAGCAGAGAGAGUUCAGCGAGUGUUCGGGUUCUCAAGUCAAGUUCAGUGUCUCUUUCAGAUAGAAGGAAAGUAGAGAGGGGCCCUCUCUAACCCAGCUGGUCCUCAUAUUGCUUACGGAAACAGUCUCCAGUGGGGAAGAAGUCCCAGCAUCUCUCCUGGUACAUCUUCCACACGUAGGACUCCUGGAGGGCAAAGAAAAGAGAUCUGCUCAUCAGAAAAUAGCAUAAAUCCUCUGAGGUUCUGGAGGGUCCAAUGAAAAGAUGUUACUGGUUGCAUUAUGGGAAAUCAAGGAUCCAGCAGCUGAUUGUAAAUUUAAUCCUGAAUUCAAACACAAAGUCAGCACUAACCGCUACACUGUCACCAGCUCCACAACUUAACUCUACAUCUGGGUCAGUUGCACCACCUCUGUUUAUGCCACGACAGAGCACGCUACAGAUUUAGCUCUGAACUCCUGUAACACUGUCAGACUCGUGACGGGCAGUUAAAAAAGAAGCAUCUGAUUUAUACAGCAGAACAGAGACAUCGUUUUUUAUUCCACGCCGUCUUCCUUGUCAAAACCUGCCGCCUACGUUACCCACAGUGCAACUCGUCUGCCAGCAGUUCAGUCAGAGAUUCAGGUGUGUUCUGCUAACUGUAGGUUAAGUAGCCUUGAGCUGCUAACUCUAAGUUAUGAGAAGUGAGCUAGAGUUCUGGUAAGAUCACUUCUAACUGGUCUCAGUGUUGCAAAUUUGGAACAGAAGGCUACAUACUGUGUAAUACUGUAGUAAGUUAAUGCAUCAUAUGUACAUUUCAUCUAUCAUUUGGGCUGUUAAAAUGAAUGAUCAAUAAAGCCUGUCUCUAUUUUGUGCAGAAACAUUAAAGCUGUGUGACUU